AUUCCUUAUUGGCUUCUUUUAAAAAACCUCGGAUUGGUUAUUCGUUCACACAAGUUGUAUUGUUUAAACUGAGCAGAGCCAAAGCUUUUUUUUUAAUUUUAUUUCACUAAAGUUUCUUCCCGUUACGAUCCAUACAAAUCCUAAUCCAAUGGAGCGUGGUGGUUACCGAGGUGGUCGUGGCGAUGGCCGUGGCAGAGGCGGCGGAGGUCGUGGCGAUGGUGGUGGUGGAGGUCGUGGUUACGGCGGAGGGGGAGGAGACCGUGGUCGCGGUUAUGGCCGCGGUGAUCAUGGUCGUGGUCGUGGCUCAGAGCGAGGCGGUGGGAAUCGUGGUCAAGGUCGCGGUGAGCAACAGGAUUUCAGAAGCCAGAGUCAGUGGGGACCUCCGUCUGUUCACGGUGGCCGUGGGAGUGGGACUCAGUUCCAGCAACCUCGACCACAGGCGGUUCCGCAGCCACAAGUGACACAAGCAGGACCUCCGUCAGGUUACGGUGGCCGUGGUACUCAGUUCCAUCAACCUCGACCACAGGCGUUUCCGCAGCCACAAGUGACACAAGCAGGACCUCCGUCAGGUUACGGUGGCCGUGGUACUCAGUUCCAUCAACCUCGACCACAGGCGUUUCCGCAGCCACAAGUGACACAAGCAGGACCUCCGUCAGGUUACGGUGGCCGUGGUACUCAGUUCCAUCAACCUCGACCACAGGCGUUUCCGCAGCCACAAGUGACACAAGCAGGACCUCCGUCAGGUCACGGUGGCCGUGGUACUCAGUUGCAACAACCUCGUCCACAGGCGGCUCAGGUGACACAACUGAUUCAUGCUGGAGGCGCCGGUAGGGGCGCUUGGAGUCGUAAGCUACAGAUUUCUUCUGAUUCGGCUUCUUCGUCCACCUCCGUCGUGGUUUCUGAACCCGUUCGUGUUGCUGAAGUUGUGAAUCCAAGACCAUCUGUACAAGUUGCGUCUACUGAUAGGAAAGAACCAAUGAAGCGACCUGAUAGAGGCGGUGUUGCGGCUGUGCGGCGUGUUAAUCUAUUUGUCAAUCAUUUUAAAGUCACCUUCAAUCCUGAUAAUGUCAUAAUACAUUAUGAUGUUGAAAUCAAAGGAGACAAUCCCACGAAGAAGAUAUCGAGGUUUGAGCUAGCUAUGGUCAGGGACAAGGUGUUCACCGACAAUCCCGGCGAGUUUCCCUUUGCUAUGACUGCUUAUGAUGGUCAGAAGAACAUUUUCAGCGCGGCUGAACUGCCUACGGGUUCAUUCAAGGUGGAGUUCCCUGCAACUGAAGAGAUGAGAGGUCGUAGCUAUACGUUUACGAUCAAGCACGUGAAUGCGCUGAAGCUACGUGACUUGGAAGAGUACAUGACAGGGAGUACGUCUUCCAAUCCGCGUGAUGUAUUGCAAGGGAUGGAUGUUGUGAUGAAAGAGCAUCCUUCCAAGUGUAUGAUCACUGUUGGUAAAAGCUUUUUCACUCGUGAAGACUUUCGCUUCGGGGUUGCACCUGCGAGAGGGUAUCGUCAUACUCUGAAGCCCACGGCACAAGGUUUAUCAUUGUGCUUGGACUACUCCGUGUUGGCGUUUGGCAAAGCAAUGUCAGUCAUCGAGUACUUGAAGUUGUACUUUGAGCGGCGGUUUGAUAUACGUCAGGUCAGGAAUUGUAGGGGUGAUGUGGAAUGGGCAUUGACUGGUUUGAAAGUCACUGUCAAUCAUCGAAAGAACAAGCAGAAACUCACAAUUGUAGGGCUGAGUAAGCAAGACACAAAAGACAUAGAGUUUGAUCUUAUUGGAAACGAGCCGCCAAGAAAAACUACCAUUGUUGAGUAUUUCAGGACCAAGUAUGGAAGAGACAUUGAACACAAAGAUAUUCCUUGCUUGGAUUUGGGGAAAAAUGGUCAGCAAAAUUUUGUCCCCAUGGAGUUCUGCGACUUGGUUGAGGGUCAGAUUUAUCCAAAGGAGAACUUAAAUAACAAGUCAGCGUCGUGGUUAAAGAAGUUGUCACUGGUCAAUCCACAACAAAGGCAGAAAAAUAUAGAUGAGAUAAUAAAGUCUCGUAAUGGACCGAUCGGUGGAGGAGUCAUUAGAAACUUCGGAUUGAAAGUGGAUACAAACAUGACAUCGGUGGUAGGUCGUGUACUAAAGGCUCCAACAUUGAAGUUGGCAGAUAGAAGGGGACCUUUGCGCGUGGAACCUAACGCGACAAAGAGCAAUCAAUGGAACCUUAUGGGGAAGAGAGUCACGAAGGGAUCUAUAGUCAAGCAUUGGGCUGUACUUGACUUCACCGCAUCCGUGCCUAGUGACUUUGUGGAUGCCCUGAUCAAACGUUGUUCGAAUCUUGGGAUGCAGAUGGAGCGUCCUAUCGUUUACAAAACAUCCAAAAUGGUUACGCUUUCUGAUUGUAAUGCUCUUGAGAAAUUGCUUCAGUCCGUAAUUGAAGAGGCUUCUCUUAAGCACGGUGGGGCUCGUCCAACUCUUGUUCUUUGUGCUAUGUCCGGGAGGUGUGAUGGCUACAAGACUCUGAAAUGGGUAGCAGAAACCAAACUGGGUUUGGUAACUCAGUGUUUCUUGACCGGGUCUACCACUAGAAUUUCUGAUCAGUACCUUGCAAAUCUUGCCCUCAAGAUAAACGCAAAGGUUGGUGGAAGCAACGUCGAGCUGGUGGAUAAUACUUUCUCUUUCUUCCAAAAAGACGAUGAGGUCAUGUUCAUUGGUGCCGAUGUCAAUCAUCCCGCUGCUCGAGACAAGAAGAGCCCGUCUAUUGUUGCUGUUGUCGGUACUCUAAACUGGCCUGAAGCUAACCGUUAUGCAGCUAGAGUCAUUGUCCAGCCUAACCGUAAAGAGGAAAUACAAGGAUUUGGGGGUGCUUGCUGGGAGCUUGUCAAUGCUCAUGUUAAGUCCACUGGGAAACAACCUAACAAGAUUGUGAUAUUCCGUGAUGGUGUCAGCGAUGGUCAGUUCGAUAUGGUUCUCAAUGUGGAGUUGCUUGAUGUCAAGCUGACUUUUGAGAAGAAUAAUUACAAUCCAAAGAUAACGGUCAUCGUAGCACAGAAACGUCACCAAACCCGUUUCUUCCCCGCUACAAACAAAGAUGGAAGUGAUACGGGCAAUGUGCCUUCAGGUACGGUUGUUGAUACUAAAGUCAUCCACCCGUAUGAGUAUGAUUUCUACCUAUGCAGUCACCAUGGAGGGAUCGGGACAAGCAAACCGACUCAUUACUACACUCUUUGGGAUGAACUUGGAUUCACAUCAGAUCAGGUUCAGAAGCUCAUCUUCGAGAUGUGUUUCACUUUCACUCGCUGCACCAAACCCGUCUCUCUUGUUCCUCCGGUUUAUUAUGCUGACAUGGUUGCCUAUAGAGGAAGGAUUUACCAUGAGGCAAGCUCUCGUGAGAGGAACAUUAUUCAGCCGAGGGGAGCUUCUACGUCUGCUGCUUCGCUUGCCUCUUCAUUACCAUCUCUUACAAUCGAGGACACAGCAAGUUACAAGCUGCACCCAUUGCUUGAGAAUGUUAUGUUCUUCGUCUGAAGAAGAGUGUGAGUUUUUUUUGGUGUUUAGGGUCCCAAGCUGAACUUAAUACUAUAUUCGGAAUCGGAACGCCCGAAAAACGCAGUUUUACUCCUUUUUUCUGGUUAGAAAGGAGUUUGUGCGUGAAUCUAAUUGGGUUUUUUCGCAGUGUGUUUCUUUUAUUUUGGUUGGUGUGUUGAAAUGAAUAUCUAUCUAUUUGGUGUUGUAAUAAUGCUCUUUAGAGCAGAAACCACGUCUUNUUUUUUUUUUUUUUUUUUUUUUUUUUUUUGAUUGUAUUUCAGACUCUGGUUGCGUUUUGCAAAUUUGGUUGCAAAUUAUCUCAUAUUUUGCUUGCGUUUUGCAAAUUUGGUUUUAUUAAAGCUUAAGAUCUCAGAGAUAAGACAACAAGUACAAGUAGGAAUAUAUUGUAGUUUGGCUUUUACAUGUUCAUUUUGUGUCUGAAGUUUAGUAAUUGCAUU